AUGCCGAUGUUGAUCGAGCAGCACUGGAAAUUGUCCUAUGUUGAACUGCACAGGGCUACUGAUGGGUUCUGUGCAUCUAAUCUCUUUGGUGUUGGAAGCUUUGGCUCAGUGUAUAAAGGAGCACUCAAUGAAGAGCAGGAAGUCGCAAUAAAAGUGCUGAACCUUCUGCAGCAUGGUGCUGAGCGGAGUUUCCUAGCUGAAUGCGAGGUGCUGAGAAGCGUUCGACACCGCAAUCUUGUAAAGGUCAUCACAGCCUCUUCGACCAUUGAUCGCAGUGGAUAUGAUUUCAAAGCUUUGGUGUACGAGUUCAUGCCUAACAGAGACUUGGACAAAUGGCUACAUCCAACUAUUGGGGAAGAUGGGACUUCCUCUCGUAUGCUAACCAUGGCUGAAAGGGUGAGCAUUGCACUCAAUGUUGCUGAGGCUCUUGAUUAUCUUCACCACCAUGGUCAAGUACCCAUUGUUCACUGUGAUCUGAAGCCGAGCAAUGUCCUUCUUGAUAACGACAUGGUUGCCCAUGUAGGGGACUUUGGGCUGUCACAGUUUGUCCAUGGAGCAAACAGUAACUCGCCCGAACACAUGAGUAAUACUGCUGGAAUCAAAGGCACCAUUGGAUACAUUCCACCAGAGUAUGGAAUGGGUGGUGAAAUCUCAGUAGAAGGUGAUAUCUACAGCUACGGAGUUCUCCUGCUCGAGAUGUUCACUGCGAAGAGGCCAACAGACGCCUCGUUUCAGGGGGGUCAGAGCAUCCACAGGUAUGUCGCAACAGAUUACCCUGAGAGAGCCAUGUCAGUCGCUGAUCCAUCACUGUUGCAGCACGAAGACAGAAACAUGGAUGAAGGGAGACUGGAGGAGUGCUUGUUCUCGGUUUUCCGAGUCGCCCUGCGAUGCACUGAGGAAUCACCGAGGGCAAGGAUGCUCACCAGCGAUGUCAUCAGAGAGCUUUCUACUGCGAGGGAUGUUUAUAAUGAAUAACUUAUAGCUAGUUGCAUGUACACUGUUUUGUUCAGGCUCUGUGUCUACAAAUUUGGUCUUAGCAUGUUACUGCUGAAACUAUAUAUACUGUUUGGUUGCUAUGCAUCA